GAGAGGGAGGAAGGGACAGGUGAUAAGAAGGUGACAAUAUGGAUUUAGUGGCACCAUCUUCUGUGUUUAACAUAGUGCUAUUCUAUUAAUCUAAUGCCAAGGCGAGAAACAUGUCAAGAGCAGAAACUACUCAGGCUGAUUGAUUUCCAUUGUCCUCUGACAGAUAGAGCAGCUCACUGCACUGAUGCCACUGUCGGAAAACAAUAUAUGUAUUGAAUAUUAUCACAAUGACUUGACUACUGUACACACAGCAACUAUCUGUAGCUACCAAGCUGUAUACUGUAGUCUUUAUGUAUUGAUGAAGUAUACAGCGUUGUUACUGAUCUGUCUGGGUAUCCACAGAUGGAGGAGAUCAUGACGCCGCUGCAUCCGUACGAGAGGCAGGACAAGCUCAAGCAGUUCCUAGACCAUGACGGCAAUUUGCUGCGCUUCUACUGCCACUGGGACGACUCGGAGAACACGUUCGGGGACCCGCAUGAGCUCACCCUGCACUACUUCCUGGCCGAUGACACCAUAGAGAUCAGGGAGGUAAUCUACCCCAACUCAGGGCAGGACGCCGCGUCAAAGUUCCUGCACCGCAGCAAGCUUCCCAAGGCGAGAUGGGAAAUGUAGUUUGUACAGAGGAGAAAGGAAGCCCAAUGAGUGAUUGUAUAAGACUUUCCCAAGAGUAGUGAUAUGUUUAGGUGGAAGUGUCACAAAAACCCGACUAUGCACCUGUUGGAGGUUUGGAGCACCAGGACUCUUAACUACAUAAGGUUUGAGUUCUAGUGACCAGUUGGGAACCACACUAACCAUAAAACACAAGGAGGCAAGAUUAGAGCAAAAACGAUGGACAUUUGUUUUUAACAAAAAUAAAUAGGUAAAAAUGUAAGCCACCCACUAAUGAGCUAAAGUGGAAUUUUAUUCCACAAAAAGAGAAAAGGUCUUUCUCCAGUUUAAUUGGAAAUCCAUUGUUUUGUUGAGUCUAUUCCUUAAAAUCAAAAAUCUGUUCUUUAAAAUCACGAGUCCAGUCCGGUGGAAAAUAGUUAAAAACUGUGCACUUCCCUGUUACUCCAAUCCGUAUUUUCUGCAGUGUUGUAAAGUACUUAAGUAAAAAUACCUGAAAGUAAUACUUAAGGAGUU